UCGGUGACCGCGCCCCUCACAACACAGUAAACAAAAUAUAUCAUUUUAAAAUACGCUUAUUUAUUAAAACAUAAGCUGUUCGUGUGAAUGUCUUUGAAUUUGAAUCGUAAAUGUCCGCUCUCUUUUUAAAAAUACGUAGGGCAAGUUGCAAUGCACUUUAACCCAGUUAACGUUACACAAGCAAACACACGGCCAGUCAAACGCUGCUGUUCACCUAUAGAUCAGAGUUCACCAUCAAGGAUAUUUCACCGCACUGGAAGAUGAUGUCUCGGGCCGCAGACAGACUGAAGGUGGUUUUAAAUCAUCUGGAUGGCUCACACGGCAAUGUUCGUGCGUCCUUUACCUCUGCGCAAAGUGUUUCCCAUCAUCAUCCUCAAAGCUUUCGAUACACACUAGACACAGACAUCCUGACUCCGGAACAAAGGCUCUCUUAUGAAGAGAAUGGAUUCAUCCUCAUUCGAAACCUUGUGUCUGCUGAAGACAUCGAGAAAUUCAGGAAAGCCUUUGAACAGAUUUGUAAGAGAGAGGUGAAGGUCCCUGGCUUAGUGGUAAUGAAAGACGUAUCAAUCGCUAAGUCUGAGUUUGUCGAGGGUGAAAAGGCUGUCACCAAACUUCAGGACUUCCAAGAAGUUCCAGGACUGUUUCGGUACUGCACGUUACCCCAGAUCCUGAAGUAUGUGGAGUGUUUUACUGGACCUAACAUCAUGGCCAUGCACACAAUGCUUAUCAACAAGCCACCGGAUACAGGUAAGAGAACUUCUCGCCAUCCCAUGCAUCAGGAUUUACACUAUUUCGCCUUCCGACCCGCUGACCACAUUGUGUGCGCAUGGACGGCCAUGGAGAAAGUGCACCGUCAAAACGGCUGUCUGGUUGUCCUACCGGGAUCUCACAAAGGCUCCCUACAGGAGCACGACUACCCCGAAUGGGAGGGUGGGAUAAACAAGAUGUACCAUGGGGUCCGUAACUACGACCCAAACCAUUCCAGAGUACACCUGGAGAUGGAGAAAGGAGAUACAGUGUUUUUCCAUCCUCUGCUGAUCCACGGCUCUGGAAUGAACCAGACAGAGGGCUUCCGGAAGGCCAUCUCCUGCCACUACGCCAGCGCUGACUGUUAUUACAUUGACGUGAAAGGAACCACUCAGGAGAACAUCAGCGAUGAAGUUAAGGAUCUUGCGUUUAGGAAGUACGGAGUUGAUUCGCUCAGCUUCCAGGACACCUGGGCUCUGCGUGGACGUCUGGUCCGUGGAGAGAGAACAUCACUGUGAUUUGCUUGAGCCGUCACCAUUUGACCGUCUUUCUGAGAUCUGGAAUAAUUAACAGCACAUCGCACAAUUUCUUUAGAAAUCUUCUGUGGUCUUGCGCAAAGUAGAAAGUCUUACCAUCAGGUGGCGCUAUACUAAAUAACCGCAGCUGUCUGUGCCUGGGAGGGUUAGUCCUAAUUUGUAUCUAGCAAUAAGAAUAAUGAAUGCAAGGCAUUUUUUAAAUUGGCCUUUUGUUUCCUUAAGCAAUGCUUGAACAUUAGGAAUUCAGUGUGUUUGAUAUGUGAUAUGUUCAGAGACAAGUUCUUACAAGUAAUUUGAAAAGUUAUUGCUGAAGAUGUUAUAGAGCAUUGAUCAGAAGUCGAGUUAAAGAGAUGGAAGGUAUAAUAAAGUAAAGCCUGUUUGCUUAAUCUGCUGAUGGAAGGUGAAGUAAUGAGAAGCAAAUGUUUUCCCAUCAAGUUUGAAAUAGAAAAUGAACGUGUUAUUAGAUCAAGUUUAAACAUCUCAUUAAACUUUAUGACAGAACAGUAAUUAUAUCUUCGCCUAACAUCAGUGUUGCCUUCAGUUACAACCUAAUUUUGAAAAUGAUAGAUAUAAUAAAAUAUACUUUUUCAUGUACUAAAAUAAAUACAUUUAAUGAG